AUGACCCCCCUCACCAUUUUGACCUCCCUCAUUGCUAUUGUUUCCGCCGCCCGCAUCACACCGCAACACUAUCAGCCUUGCGGCGGCUAUGUCGUAAAACCCAAACCUUGCCAACGGGGCUUUAUCUGCAUCGACGACCCACGAAAGCCUGGCUGUGGUAUGGCUUGCGAUAUUCCUGGCAUCUGCAUCAAGCCUGAGUUCUGCGGCGGGAUUGCUGGUAUCGCGUGCCCCGAAGGGAAGAAAUGCUACGAUAAUCCAAGGGAUAAAUGUGAUCCAAAGAAAGGGGGAGCCGAUUGUGGAGGGAUUUGUUUGUGA